CCAUUUACGUGAAGCAAUGAAAAUCUACGGUAAACUCCUGGCUGUCUGUGUCUUUCAAACUAACGUUUGGGGGACCAACGCCUUUGUCGCUCAGAAGCCGAAGGCGCUCGCUUUCAAGGGAACGGACUCGCAAUGGCAAACAUUUUCGUACGUUGAAAGCCUAGGGGGUGGGGCCUCCGACCCGUAUUCGUCCGGUUCCAAGCUUGCGAGCAGCGAAGGCGCGUCGGCUGAUAAAGACGUCAUGGAUAAAAGAGGCGUUGCAAGCGGCAGCCCAGCUAACGUAAUGGAAGCGCGUCUUGCUUCUCUCGAGAAACAAAAAAAAUCUGAUUCGCAGUCGAGCUCCCAAAGUGGACCCAUGUCAACCAAGAAGAUUUGGGAUAGUACCUCCUCCGUAACUGUUCAAGGAGGAUCCCUCAAGACAUGGUCUUUCCCUAACCCCUCUGUUGAGAGAGUGCAGGUUGUGAUGAACACAGAAGGUCGUCCGCUGGAUGCCGACAUCGAAUUGUGGCAGGGACCUGAUAACACUCCGUACAAAAUGCGCGUGUACGUUGAGGACGGUAGCUUGCGCCCAUUUCGCGCAGUGAUUGAAACUCCGCGCGGACCCAAUACGAUCGCGAUUCGCAACACGGGUCACCUUGAAUUCCCCUUAGCCGCUUACGUGAUGGCUGGCUCGGCGGACAAUGGAUUUGUUGCCAAGACAACUGAAGAGACCAUUCCCAGAGUAAUCCAGGGAGGAGCCCUUCGCACAUACCCUUUCGAUCCCACUGUCGAAAGCGUGCAAGUUGCUUUGCGAACGGAUGGACGCCCCCUUAACGUGAGAAUCGAGCUGUUGCAGGGGCCCAACAACAACAAGCAGGUGAUGGAACUCUACACUGAAGACGGAAUGGACCGUCCAUUCUUCUGUGUUAUUGAGACACCGGGAAGUGGAAACGUUGUGCGAGUUGUCAAUACAGCCACAAUGGAGUUCCCUAUGACCGCUUUGGUUGAGGCUUAUCAAGUCAGUAACGGAAACUCCGCCUCUAAUCCAGUGAUUGGAGGAGGAAGCGGUUACAUGGAUCGUGCGUGGUAAGAUGGAUCGAGGGAAGACCUUGGUGACUAAGGGACAAUUUUCCUUUUUUUUAGCGCUGUCCGCAGGAUAGGUCCUUCUGAAGAUUAUGGGAUGCAGGGCCUGCAGGCUGAAGAACUAAAAGUAACUUUUACAGUGAGUAACAAAUAUUCCUUGUCAAAGCGAUUUAUAUUAGUAUCCCUAGAGUGCCAUUCUAUUUGCUUGAGGUUUGCCUAUUGAACUAAUUGUAGACCUUGCGAAGUUGCAUGAUCUGAGGAACGAAUAUUUCAACUAUUGGAAGUACAUAAACAUAAAGCUGAAUACCAAUAGGAAAUUCAUAAGAUUUACGUCUAUGUGUUUCUUGACAUGUAUUUUUAUUUCCAUUACUGCAACAUCGUCGAUGGAUGUUCCAAAAUCGCUGAUAUGCAAGUUGUGUCAGUUUCUGGUUCGUUGAAGGGGACGAAUUGAGAACAGUUUGCACAAUCUUUUACAGACUUUUGGGCUAAAGUAUAUUAGUCUCGCAGUCAAUACAGUUAGAGUUGUAUCUUGAAACCUUUUAUAGGUUACCUAAUAAUGGUUGCAUAUUUUACGUUUAAAAACUAGAAAUAUUCAAGAUCACAGUGUCAUUGGAGUCUUUAAAGGUGUGCUGUUGACCGUAACACAAAAGAUAAACGCAAUUACACUAGACACGUGUUAGAGAGACACAGUCUGUCGGUCGACUAUCACGUUGGACGUCUAAAGUGCUUGCUGGUUUGUUGGAAACCCAGCAUAGAGCGCUGCGAGAACAGUCGACCAAAUGGAGGUGACUCGAAAAUGCUUCUCGCUUCCGCAAAAGAGAAAACGUUUUACUGCUACUUCUAAUCAAGCACAUGAUUAAGGGCA